AUGCCGCGACAACGACUCGGACACCGGUCCGCACUGGUCUGGUCCACACACGAACCCGGAACCGGAGUUGUACUCGGUGGCAUCGGCGCAGACGUCGUCGAAGUGGAACUGCUAUCCACCUCAUCCUCCACCGGGAACACCGGCGCAGAUCCCGGCGGCGGCGCACUACGAGGCAAGGGCGAGUCCCUCGCGAGCGAGUCCCUCACGGGCGAGUCGCUCGCUCGCGAGUCCCCUAAGGACGAUAGCCCCAAGGGCGAGAACGAGGAGGCCCACUCCGAACGGACGGACGGGUUGGAAGGGACGGGCGACUCGGAAGGGACGAGCGACUCGGAAGGGACGGACGAGUCGGAAGGCACGGGUAAGCCCCCGGAGUGUAACUCUGGUUCGGAGCAGGGGAGUGAGGUGCACCAGGCGACGCGGUUUAAGGGCGAGCAAUAG